AUGGCGCGCGACGACGCGCAGAGCGAUGUUUCGGUCGAUGGCGCGAACGCGCGCGACGCCGAAGACGCGCGGUCGAGCGAUGACGAUGCCGUGAACGAUGCGUCGUCGUCGUCGUCGUCGUCGUCGUCGUCGUCGUCGUCUGGGUACGGAUUCGGGCGGGAGAGCGCGGAGAUGGUGGCGCUGAUGGAACGUCUCGCGGCGCAGCGGCUUGGGACGACGACGGAGGCGCUCGCGCGCGCGACGGUGGAUAAAGCGCUGGAGAGCUUUGAUCUCGCCGGCGUCGCGUCGUACGUGAAGAGCGGUCGAGCGAAGAACGUGGUGGUGAUGACCGGGGCGGGGAUCAGCGUCUCGGCGGGUAUACCUGAUUUUAGGAGCGAGAGCGGUUUGUACGCACGGCUCGGCGAGUACGACUUGCCGUACCCUCAGGCGGUGUUCGAGCUCGGGUACUUCAAGGAUCGUCCUGGGCCAUUUUAUAGGCUCGCGAAGGAGUUGUACCCUGGUGCGUUCGCACCGACCCCGACGCACUAUUUCAUCAAGCUACUGCACGACAAGGGCAUCCUUAGGCGGUGCUUCACGCAAAACAUCGACUCGCUCGAGCGCGCGACGGGACUGCCAAAGGAAAAAGUUGUGCCCGCGCACGGUAACUUUGAUGGGGCGCAUUGCUUGCGAGGGCACGAGGCGGACGUCGACGAGGUCGCGGACGCCUGUCGCGCAGGAACACCGAUGAUUUGCUCGAAGUGCGGCGAGUACGUCAAGCCAGACAUCGUGUUCUUUGGCGAAAACUUGCCUAGGCGCUUCUUCGAGUGCGCUCAGGAAGAUUUUGAGGUAUGCGACUUACUCAUCGUAAUCGGCACCUCGCUCGUGGUACAUCCUUUUGCGGGUCUGAUCGAGCGUCCGAAAGAGGACGUUCCUCGCUUGCUCAUAAAUAUGGAGAAGUGCGGCGAGGCGCCAGAUUCACACAUGAGUCGGCUGUAUCGCCUCGCCGGGCUCGGACGCGGAACGGGCUUUGACUUCGACGAAGACACGAAUUAUCGUGACGCGCUCUAUUUGGGGGCAUGCGAUGAUGGCAUCGCCGAGCUCUCAGAGUUGUUGGGCUGGAAGGAAGACCUCGACGCUUUGAUCAAAUCAUGUGAGAUUCGCAACAAAUUGGCGCAGGAGGCACCGGCGGAGUGUCUGAAUGGUUGA